ACUCGAAAACAGACAGCCUCCAUGACUGCUCCGCCCUCCCUUUCUUUCCCUCCCCUCCUCGCUUGCCGUCAGCCCGCGACGCCCACGCCCACGCCCACGCGCGCGCGCGCGCGCCAGUCGCCGCCGUCCUCCCAUCACGCCGCCUCCCCAAGCGGCGGCCGGCGCGCCUCCAUCCCAUUAUUGCGGCUGCAGCGCUGGAGCACGGCCGCGGGCAGCGGCAUCGCGCCGCCGCCGUCAACCUCUCCUCUAUAGAUUCCCCGCGCCUCGCCGCCGCUCCCGCCUCCCCUUCGGGCCGGGUAUAUGUUCCGCCGCCCCCUCCCCUCCGGCGGCAUCCUGUUGGAGCACAUCGUCGUAGAUCGGUACCGCGCUGGGGACAUCGGCGCCGAGGACGCGCUCCACUUGUUCGACGAAUUGCUCCCGCAGGCCAGGCCCGCCUCGAUCCGUGCCAUCAACUGCCUCCUAGCCGUCGUCGCGCGCAAUGGCCCCGCGCUCGCCAUCUCCCUUUUCAACCGCGUCGCCAGGGCCGGCGCCGAGAAGGUGGCGCCCACCGUGCACACCUACGGCCUCCUCGUCGGCUGCUGCCGCCGCCUGGGCCGCCUGGACCUCGGCUUCGCCGCCCUUGGCCGCAUCCUCAAGACGGGCUGGAGGGCAGAGGCCGUCACCUUCACUAACCUGCUCAGGGCCCUCUGCGCCGAGAAGAAGAUCGGGGACGCGAUGGACAUCGUGCUCCGGCGGAUGCCUGAGCUUGACUGCGCGCCCAAUGUCUUCUCCUACUCCGUUCUUCUCAAGGGGCUCUGUGAUGAGAAGAAGAGUGAGGAGGCUCUAGAGCUGCUUUACAUGAUGGAUGAUGAUUCAGAUAGCCGUCCUCCUAAUGUGGUGUCGUUCAACACUGUCAUCGAUGGUUUCUGUAAACAGGGUGAGGUAGACAAAGCUUUCACCCUGUUUCAUGAAAUGCUGGAACGUGGGAUUUCACCAAAUUUUGUAACUUACAACUCGAUCAUUGAUGGUCUGUGCAAAGCUCAAGCAAUGGACAAGGCUGAGAUGUUCUUUCGUAGGAUGAUUGAAGAUGGUGUGAUGCCGGACUGCACCGCAUAUACUACUCUUGUGCAUGGAUAUUGCUCCUUGGGACAGUGGGAAGAGGCUGAUAGAAUUUUGGAAGAAAUGUCCCGAGCUUGUAUUGAACCAGAUAUUGUUACCCAUACCUCGGUGAUGGGAUAUCAUUGCAAGAAUGGACGAUGUGAUGAAGGUAGAAAGAUUUUUGAUUCUAUGAUCCAGAGAGGCCAAAAACCAGAUGCCACCACCUACAGCAUUCUGCUUCAUGGGUAUGCCACUGAAGGAUCUCUUAUUGAUAUGCAUAAUCUCUUUGAUUUGAUGAUAGAAAAUCGCGUUGUACCUGAUCAUCAUGUCUUCAACAUUUUGAUAUAUGCAUAUGUUAAGCAUGAUAUGGUUGAUGCUGCAAUGCUUAUAUUUGACGAAAUGCAACAUCAAGGAUUGAGACCUGAUAUAGUCACAUAUGGAACAUUAAUAGAGCAACUUUGCAAGAUAGGCCAACUGGAGGAUGCUAUGUCCCUAUUCAGUCAGAUGAUUGGUGACGGAUUGCAUCCUAAUAUUAUAGUUUUUAACAGCCUAAUUCAUGGUUUUUGUACCUGUGGCAAUUGGGAGAAGGCUGAGGCCUUAUAUUUUGAAAUGUUGAAUAGAGGUAUCCGUCCUGACAUUGUGUUCUUCAAUACAAUAAUGGGCAACCUGUGCAAAGCAAGAAUGGUUACGGAAGCCCAAAGUCUUUUUGACUAUAUGGAACAUGCAGGGGAGAAGCCUAAUGUCAUUACCUAUACUACACUGAUAAAUGGUUAUUGCUUAGAUGGUAAGAUGGAUGAAGCAAUGAGAUUACUUGAUGUUAUGGUAUCGAUUGGCUUGAAACCUGGUGCUUUUACCUAUGAUACAUUGAUUAAUGGUUUCUACACAAAUGGAAGGAUACAGGAAGCAUUAGCUUUGUUCAGAGAAAUGCCGAACACAGGAGUUAAGCCUGGAACUGUCACAUGUAGCAUAAUACUGCAGGCAUUAUUUCAGAGUGGUAAGGCUGCUUCUGCAAGGAUACUCUAUCUCAAGAUGAUCAUCGAUAAAACGCCGUUGGAUGUUAUCACAUACUGCAUUAUUCUAAGAGGACUUUGCAAAAAUAAUUGUGUUGAUGAAGCGCUCCAAAUGUUUCAGAACCUAUGUUUGAUGGGUUUUCAACUGGAAAUUGGGACUUUAAAUAUAAUGAUUGACACACUGCUUAAAUGUGGCAGAAAGGAAAAAGCCAUGGAUUUAUUUGCUUCUAUCUUGGCUAAUGGUUUGGUGCCUGAUGUUGUGACCUACAGCUUAGUGAUGGUACAUCUUAUAGAAGAAGGGUUGUUAGAAGAGUCCGAUAGUCUGUUUCUAUCCAUGCAGAAGAAUGGUUGUGCUCCUGACUCCCGUAUGCUAAAUUCUGUAGUUAGGAGGCUAUUGCAGAGAGGUGAGGUAAGCAGAGCAGGGGUUUACCUCUCCAUAAUUGAUGAGAAUCACUUCUCCCUAGAAGCUUCCACUUCUUCACUAUUGACAUCUUUUUUCUCUGGGGGGAAAUAUCAACACCAUCAGAAGUUCCUCCCAGAAAAAUAUCGAUCUUCUAUGGAAUCCAUAAAUGGAUGAAGCUUUGUGUAGCUAUGGCAAUCUGAUUAGACAUUAUUGACAGUGGGGCCUUAUGGGGAAUGUCCCAGCCCAACAGGGAUAGGACAACCCCCACUUUAAGUGUUAAUUGAGGAGAUAGUUUCAUCUCUGUAAGUGAAGUGUAAAUUUCAAGGUAAACUCGAUAACCUGUAACUAAUCGCGUGAAGGCUGCUAGCCACUAGUUGGCCUAGAUUGAGAAGCUUCACUGUUGUCUCUAUUUUGGAUAUGAUAAUUUCAUCGCAGAUGUUUAGAUGUGCAUUAGCAUCCUGAAGGAAGGAUUCCAGGUUCUUUCUCAUCCCUCCUGAUGAGGCAUAAAGGAAUCUGUAACUAGAAUUUCAGAGCUUACAACACUUCUUUUAGUUUCAGAUUUGCUGUCUUUUAGAGGCAUAAUUUUUGACACACAUCCAGCAAUAGUGUAGCAAUCAUUUCAAUUUUGAAUCAGUUAACUCAAGCUAGACAUAAAAAUCUCCUCUUUUUUGAUACAAUAUAACUGAUUUUUUUCUCUUCUAGUCAGUCCUCUGUUUCUGACUUGUAUAUGCAUUGCGACAUGCUGGUUGAAUGUUGCUGAUAGACUGAGAAGUAUUUAUUUAUUUCCUCCAGAUAUUCAUUUGAUAUCUUGGUAGUCUGACUCUAUGCGCAUGUAAAUAACUUUUCUCUCCUUAUUUUUGAGAUUUGGUCAUUACCGCACAAACUGAUUUGUGCAAUCUACAAGAAAUUAAGAGGGCCUCAAAUGCAUUACUUGUUUAUCAGGAAACAUUUGUUAUGAAUAAACAUUGAAAUAUAAUUGCUGCUUUCACAAGUUAUCUGAGGUUGUUUUCUUGGCAGCGGACAGGCAUUCGAGUCAGUAUGCAACUGUACAUGUCAGUAGGAAAAAUUGCCAGGUUAAUGUUGGAAGUGAGAUAAAUUGCUACUUGGGUCCCACUUGAGCAUUUUAUUUUAAGGCCCCUGAAAUCAUCUAGGUUGAACUUGUUUUCAUGGAAUCUAUAUAUAAUGUUCUGCUGUUGGCACCGAACUACCCAUAGUUUUAGUUUCAGUGGCUAUGCUAUUAUAAUGUUAAGAUUUAUCUAUAGAUAUUUCUGUUCAUUCUGCCUGGAAUCGAAUGCUUAGCGAUAUGCAUAAACAUGGCAAGUCUACCAUCAUACUACUGGUUGACAGAAAGUUGUCGGAACACGGAUCUGUUGUCAUGUUCAUCUUCAAUAAACAGCGAUUCAGUCUUUGUUGCUUGUUAAUUCUGUCCUCGUGAGUUUAGGGCCCUCUAUUUCUGGAAUUAAGCUUUUUUGGCAUCCACCACUAUGGUUUCUUGUUCCGUUCGAUGGUGUAUGUCCCUCCACAAUACAUGGAAAUUUGUUUUGGUUUGAUUCUGGCCUUCUCACGUUGUCUUUGUGCUUUAUACCCGCCGACUUGCUUUC